UUUGCUGUUCUGCAGCCGAGGAAGGGAAGAGACGGACGUGGCGUACAGGUUUUUCUAGUCAACACCCGAACUUCGUCGCCUAACAGUCCAGAUAGAGGAAAUCGAGCGAUCAUCUAAUGGGGGAGUACGUUUUCAACCUAAACUCGAACGUGAGACCAUUAUCCCCGGCAGAUUUGCACAACAACCUCAACAAUACGUUUUUGUUUUUCCCAAACACAAUGCAAGAUGAGCUGCUUCUCGACAAACCAGCUGGUCAUUCGCCAGGUGUGAAACAACAACAUGGUCAGCUGUCACCGAAUCAAGAACGCAGCAACACAGAGCAGACGCUUGAUGAACUGUCGGUGGGAAAGUCCAAAAGUGAGGGUUCGAGCCCUGUGCAAUUCCAGCAAGAGAGGAGGGCUACGGAGUUGAUUCAAAACACAUCGUUGCCAACGAUGGCCGCUAUGUCGGAACCCAGCAACGCUAUGACAUCGUCACCCGGAUUUUGGUCUUCUGGUACAGGCGCCGACGACAGCUACAUGCAGCCUCGAAUUCCAGCUGUCAACGGUACACUGCAGUUUCAGAACUUUCCUCCUAAUCAAAACCCACUCUUCAACAGCAGCAGCCUUCUGGGCCCACAGAUACAGAUUCCACAACAGCAGCCUCCUUCUAUUCCUCAACAGCGACGCGCCAUCACCGGUCAGCAUCACAACUUUCCACAGCAGCGACAACAGCAACAGCAGCAACAUCAGCAACAUCAGCAGCAACCUCAGCAGUCAAAUCUUUUCUUGACCACCAAAUCUUACACUAGCUGGAGCAAUCCGCAACAGUCUACAUGGUCCAGUCCGCAGUCACAGGCUAACGUAUCGCCGGUUUGGAACAACACGAUGUCUAUGAAUUCGGUGAAUAGGCGAUCUGUGCCAAACCUCAACCCAAUAUCCCCCAUGACGAAGAAGAUGGGCGGCCAGCACAUGCCAAUGAUAUCGCCGUCGAAAUUUCGAAGAAGCACGUCUCUCCCCGGCAAGACAUUCACUCACCUUGGGCCGAAUCAACCGACAUUUGAGUUCACAGGGCCGGAAGAUGGGAGAGGAGAUGGCAACUAUUUCCAGAUAAAACCUUUUAUACAUUCAUAUGGGACAUAUUUAUUGACAUUACAAACUCAUGCACUGAAACGUUAGAUAUGCUGACUGUACACGAAUGUGAAUUCUCUUAAUGUUCACCGCAAUUGAAAAAUCCAAUGACCGAUUGAUCAUGGUAGCACGAUUACGCAUAAACCUACAUGUGAUCAUCAUGAGAGACUGAUGCUGCCCAAUAUAAUUAAUUUGAAAGCACUUUACUAGUGUGUGCCCUUUUUGAUAUUGUCCACUGAUGUCACAACCAAUUUGCUAUGCACUUUAAUUGUAGAAAUAUUAAGCAGCAAAAUGUGUUAAACUCACAAAGCUAUGUAACACCCUAGACUCAUUUUCGGUAUUUAAAUGUACGAGCUCGGGUUGCGUGUUUCACUAGUUCUAAUACCUACUGUAGAGUUACCAUUCUCUAGAGUCUGAUCUACGGAGAAGGAUUUGGCCUUGGAAUAAACUGGACAUGCACAAGUAGUGCGCCCGACAGGGUUAUUGCCGGGUUAUUGCGCAGUGCAGAAUAUGCAAGCGUCACAUGGUCUGGUGGGCGUGUUUUGGCAAACAUGCCAACCGCAAAGUAAGCAUUAAGUUGCAUAGGUAACCGUCAUGCAAAUUUCUAGUAUUGUAUGUAAGUUUUACAAGAUACAAGGGGACUAUGCACUUCUCAACAUUGGCAGUCCCAUAGUCAGCAUCACUGUAUACUUUAUUUGCACAACUAUUUUUUGUGUCAUAACACAUAUAUAUAUAUAUAUAUGCCUUUAACCCUUUACCAUACUCAGUGGCCCAAGAUGUUUAACAAAACACAGAACCUUUCGUCACAGUUUAUACAUCGAUAUUUAGAUAUAUUUUCCUGUAGGUUAUUAUUAGGU